GCGACUUCACAGCUUCCGAAUGGCCCUUUUCUCACCUAAUGAGGGCCCUCGCCGGGCCGCUGAUAAGCCCCGAGACAAAGGACGGGUUAAUGGGGUGGGGGGCGGCUGGGGAACAGUUGCUCGUGUGAAAGAGGCUCAAACGGAGCACACCUGAACUGGCGGGGGCAAUCACCGCAGAGCCGCGGGCUAAAAGGAGACGCACGGAGACGCGUUCAUGGGCAAUAUUGACGCACACAAAACUCCGGGGCGGCGCACGUGUAACUGUUGUCUCUUGGCUCGUGGUACGGUGAGUCAUGCGUGUCCGCUACCAUGAAGAUCCCGCAGUGUGUGUGUGUGUGUGUGUGUGUGUGUGUGUGUGUGUCUGUGUGUGUGUGCUCUCCUCCUCAGACGUUGCAUAGAAAAUGGAGCGUGUGCCUUUAAGGCGCCCGACUGCCUGUCGCGCUGUGCUGCGGAGGGACUGACGCCCUCUGGACACAGUGGACACUUGAGCGGCGGCAGAGACGACACCAUCCUGGAGAAGUUCAAAGAGAAAACAGCCACUCUCCCUCUGGAAAAGAAGAAGAAAGUCUCGGACUUGUUAACGGCGUUGUGGUGUUUCCAGUGCCGUGCUGGUGAGCUGUCAGGAUGAGGCCUGGUCAGCUGAUCCUCCCCGCCGCCACCGCUCUCCUCUUCCUCCUAUCAGGACUGUCUCUGACUUCCGGCUGCAACAAAGCCCUCUGUGCGAGCGACGUCAGCAAGUGUCUCAUCCAGGAGCUGUGCCAGUGUCGCCCGUCAGAUGGGAACUGUUCCUGCUGUAAAGAGUGCAUGUUGUGUCUGGGGAACCUCUGGGAGGAGUGCUGCGACUGCGUGGGGAUGUGUAACCCCAAGAACUACAGCGACACUCCAGCCACGUCAAAGAGCACCGUGGAGGAGCUGCACCGUCCGAUCCCCUCGCUGUUCCGCGCCCUCACGGAGGGCGACGCCCCCAUCAACAUGAUGGUGGUGUCCUUCCCCAUCGCCGAGGAGCUCUCCCAUCACGAGAACCUGGUGUCCUUCCUGGAGUCGCUCGACAGCCAGCCUCAGAACGUCUCCUUGCCUAGCAACAGUAUCCACGCCAGCUACGACACUCAAGAAAACAUGUGCACGGUGGUCUACUUUGACGACUGCGUGUCUAUCCGUCAGUGUAAACUAUACUGUGAGUCAAUGGGAGGAUCCAAGUACCGCUGGUUUCACAACGCCUGUUGCCAGUGCAUCGGACCGGAGUGUGUCGACUACGGCAGCAAGGCUGUGAAGUGCAUGAACUGUCUCUUCUGAAGCGCGGGCAUAUAUUGGUACCAAAUGUCUGGGCCAUACCAGAGGACUGAGGGCAGAGGAAACUAUGACUGUUAUGUGUUAGCAUUCCUCAGUUACCUUGUAAAAUACCCCCCUACACCCCUCCUCUUCCUCCAGAAAAUUGUUUUAUUCUGCUGUUAUGUUUCACUGUAUAUUUUUAGAUAUGUUUUCAAUAGCGUUUUUUACUAGAGGUGUAUAUGAAUAACGUAUUUUUACAAUUGUGGUCUGCUAAAUCCCGGUCGCAUGCCAAAUAAAGAAAAGUUUGGUGACAUGAA